CGCUGUGACGUAAUGUGAGGGGUCGCCAGGCAGGGCUGAGCUGAAGCAAUCAGAAAAGGCAAGGGGCCGGUUUGCUGUUCUCACGCCCCACCUUCAGGCCCAGUCCGAGGAAAGUUUUCGCUGGCGAAAGGGAGAGCUGCGAACAUGGCAGCGCCUCGGUGGUUCUGGUGCGGCUCUGCGACCAUGGCGGUGGCGCUGCUGCUCAUUUACGAGCUUCCUUUGGCUUCUGCCCAAAGAAAGAAGGAGAUGGUGUUGUCUGAAAAGGUUAGUCAGCUGAUGGAAUGGACCAAUAAAAGACCUGUAAUAAGAAUGAAUGGAGACAAGUUUCGUCGUCUUGUUAAAGCUCCACCAAGAAAUUACUCCGUUAUUGUCAUGUUCACUGCUCUCCAACUUCAUAGACAGUGUGUUGUUUGCAAACAAGCUGAUGAAGAAUUCCAGAUCCUGGCAAACUCUUGGCGAUACUCCAGUGCAUUUACCAACAGGAUAUUUUUUGCCAUGGUAGAUUUUGAUGAAGGUUCUGAUGUAUUUCAAAUGCUAAACAUGAAUUCGGCUCCAACUUUCAUCAACUUUCCUGCAAAAGGGAAACCCAAACGGGGCGAUACAUAUGAGUUGCAGGUGCGUGGUUUUUCAGCUGAGCAGAUUGCCCGGUGGAUUGCAGACAGAACUGAUGUCAAUAUUAGAGUAAUUAGACCCCCAAAUUAUGCUGGUCCCCUUAUGUUGGGAUUACUUUUGGCUGUUAUUGGUGGACUUGUGUAUCUUCGAAGAAGCAAUAUGGAAUUUCUCUUUAAUAAAACUGGAUGGGCUUUUGCAGCUUUGUGUUUUGUGCUUGCUAUGACAUCUGGUCAAAUGUGGAACCAUAUAAGAGGACCACCAUAUGCUCAUAAGAAUCCUCACACAGGACAUGUGAAUUAUAUCCAUGGAAGCAGCCAAGCCCAGUUUGUGGCUGAAACACACAUCGUUCUUCUGUUCAAUGGUGGGGUUACCUUAGGGAUGGUGCUUUUAUGUGAAGCUGCUACUUCUGACAUGGAUAUUGGAAAGCGAAAGAUAAUGUGCGUAGCUGGUAUUGCAUUGGUUGUAUUAUUCUUCAGUUGGAUGCUGUCAAUUUUCAGAUCUAAAUAUCAUGGGUAUCCAUACAGCUUUCUGAUGAGUUAAAAAGGAUCCAGAGAUAUGUAGACACUGGAAUAAUAGAAACUAAAAAUGAGAAAUGUGUGUGUUUGAAAAGAAGAAUACAACUUGUGCAUUUUGUAUUACCUCUUUUUUUUCAAGUGAUUUAAAUAGUUAAUCAUUUAACCAAAGAUGUGUAGUGCCUUAACAAGAAAUUUCCUGUCAAAAUAAUGAAGUAUUUGGAAAUUAUUCUCCUUUUAACCUUGUCUUCCUAGUGUACUUUAUGGAACAUUUAAUUUAGUAGAAUUAAGUAUAUCAUUAAAAAAGUUUUUUUAAACUACUACUUUGUUUUAAUUAGAGCAAAGCUCAAAAUUGCUUUAGCUAGCUUUUUGUCAUUUGAUUCUAUAUUGUCUUAUCCCAAGGCGGGAAAAGAAAGUCCUGACCAGAUGUUCUGGCAUAUGCCUAUUAUGGAUAACUGCAUCAUCAGGAAUCUGUUCUUAGCUCUUCCAUCUUUGCAGGGAUGUGUAUACUUUAUGUAUCUUUCCUUUGGGGCAGAGAAAUCACAUAUGGUGUGUGAUCUUCUGAAAACGAAGCACCGUUCUUCAGUGUUGGUAUCUAGACUUCAGAAAGACUGUUCAGCCCUCCUCCUGUGUCUUUCCUACUGAAAUACAGUUCUAUCCAUGCUUCUGAUAACUGCAAAUGUUACAAAGUAUCUCUGAACACAGGAUUAUGAUUUUUGCAUGAGUGUGGUGUUAGCUGCCUUGUAUUUGGAAAGAUUUUUGAUUCAUUUCAUGUUCUUAGUUUUCUUUUAUUUAAGAUGGUCCACACCUAAUAAAUACAUAUAUAGCUUAGCGUGAAAAUCAGUAACUCAUAUAAUGAUCAAAAAUGUUUCUGAAAAUUAGAGAGUCUCACUUCUUUGAUUUUUACCUAAGAGAAAAAUAGAUUCGGUUGUGUUUAUGAAAAGGAUUCCCUUAGAAUGAGAAAAGAAAGAAAAUCAUGAAAUACUGAGUCAUUGUUCUGUACAAACUGUUUUUUGAAGGUUCUUCUUUUUUCGCUAUUAUUUUAGCCUUUAUUUUCUUUCUCCAAGUGGAGAAACAAAGUAAAAAUUUAAAGAGGUUUUGUUUUAGUUUUGCCUUUCUGUCUGUGGAAAUAACCAUAUGUGCUAACCAGAUUUCUGUGAAGAAUGUUUUCAUGGUUAUUAUGACAUCUAACUAUAACUUUCCCAUAGUUAUGAAAAGUAACCUAAAAUGCCACUAUUAUGGAAUUAUGAAAAUUUUAAUUGUUAAAAAAUAUAAAGACAUCUUAGAAGUAUUACAUUGAAAAGAUACUGUGACUGUCUCCUGCUGUUUUCCAUCUAAUAACCCUCUCAUGUGAUAGAGAAGCUUUGCAGGAGGAGAUGGAUAUAAUUGUCUCAGAGAAAACAUUUUAUGUUGGUUUUUGUUUUUCUUUUAUGUUAGUAGAUUUGGGCGAGGAACAUAGUUGACUUUUUACUCUUUAAUGGAGCCACUUUUUGUUCAUUAAUCACCUGUAUAUUGUGUGACUCUGGAUUCCGUAUCUGCUGUUCUAGUAUUUGUCGCAGGCCAAAUAAAUUUGUGCUGUGAUUCUUAUGAGAUUUGAAUGAAGAUGCCCUGAUUUGUACAGAUGGAUCAGGGGAAUACUACUGCCACAUAUUCUCUAUCGCUCCAGAUAAUUUGACAUGAGCAUUGAAAGAAUAACACCCUUUUGUAUUUCUCUUUAUGAGCACAUUCUGUAAGGAGAAAAGGUAGCAUUCUGGCUAAAAUCUGUGGAGGACAGAUUUAUUACACUUAAAAUACUGUUACUUUUGUGAAAAUUUUGAAAUUAGCUUUCAUCUGAAGUGCCUUAAGUAGACUCAAUUUACUUUUCUAGUAAUGGUUUAAAUAUUAUUUGUUACACGUUUUUAAGAUGCUAUUCAAAAUGAUACAUUGUAGUGGCAAAGAUAACCAAAUGUCUGCCUGUUUGCUUUUUGGCCAUACCAAUAAACUUUUACAAUCUUAA